AUGUCGGACUCAAUUGAGCGCAAGAACACCAUCACGGAAAUGACGCACGAAAAGGGCGGCGUCAUGAACGCUGACGAGGAGCGUUUGGCUCAGAUGGGCCACACGCAGGAGCUCAAGCGUCACUUUACCACGCUCUCUCUGAUUGGUCUUGCGUCGACCACGACGAUCUCUUGGACCGGUCUUGGCCUUGGCAUAGUCACGGAGAUCAAUGCUGGCGGUCCUGGCGCAAUCAUCUAUGGCUUCAUCCUCGUGGCUUUUCUCCAAUGCUUCCUGGGCGCUUCUCUCGCCGAGUUCGUGUCAAGCUACCCGACUGAGGGUGGCAUGUAUCACUGGAUCGCAGCCAUCGCCCCGCCGCGCAUGUCAGCCUUCCUGAGUUUUCUGACGGGGUGGUUCACAUGCUUGGGCUGGAUCUUCACCACUGCGUCUACCAACCUCAUUUAUGCGCAGACACUUGCUGCCCUGAUCGCACUGUACCAAACUGAUCUAGAAUUGCAAACGUGGCAAACAUUCAUCAUCUACCAAGGGCUGAAUCUGAUCACCGCCGCGGUCGUAAUGUUUGGAAACAAGGCGAUCCCAGCCUUGAAUAAGUUCUCUCUCUUCUACCUCCAGAUUGGCUGGUUCGUCGUUUUGGUGACGGUGGUCGCAUGCGCCCCGACCUACCAAACUCCUACCUUCGUCUUCAAGACCUGGAUCAACAACACCGGAUGGGAGAACAACGUCAUUUGCUUCAUCACUGGAUUGGUCAACCCGCUGUACAGUCUCGGUGGUCUGGACGGUAUUUCACAUAUCACGGAAGAGAUGCCCAAUCCCUCACGAAAUGCACCACUCGCUCUCUUGAUCACGCUGUGCAUUGCCUUCUGCACAGGUCUUACAUACCUGAUUGCACUCAUGUUCAGCGUGCAAGACUAUGCCGCCCUUGCCGACACCUCCACUGGCCUGCCUCUUGCCGAGCUGUUCCGACAGGUCACCCAGUCGGCUGGAGGCGCAUUUGGCUUGACCUUCAUCCUCUUCAUUGCUCUGGGCCCUUGCGUGAUCUCCUCACAGCUGUCAACCGGACGCGUCUGUUGGGCCUUUGCACGAGAUGGAGCUAUGCCAUUCUCCGCCACCUGGGCCAAAGUCAGCCAACGGUUCGGCGUCCCGAUCAACGCGCAGUGGGCCGUGACCGCUAUAAACGCUGCACUGGGCUGCAUUUACCUCGGCAGCAGCACUGCCUUCAACAGCAUGCUCGGCGCAGCCGUGACUAUCAACAACGUUGCUUACUUGAUACCCAUCGUCACUAACCUGGCAACCGGCCGCAAGAAUAUGCACAAGGGAGUGUUCCACAUGGGCGGUUGGGGUUUCCUGGUCAACGGAGUAACUGUGGCGUGGCUUGUUUUCGCCAUUGUCUUCUUCAGUUUUCCAUACAGCAUGCCCGUUGCAGUGUCUAGCAUGAACUACACGUGUGUGGUUAUUGGUGCUCUGCCCAUUUUGAUCAUUGGUUGGUGGUUUGUGGCAAAGAAUGCCUACAAGAAGAAGAUCGCACUUGCCAAGGAGGAUUGA